GGUGGGGAAGUAAAAGAGGAGUGAAGCAGUGACAACUGUACUACAAGGGGAGGGGAGGGAGGAUUAUGUGCCGCUGUAUCUCUUCGUGCGUGUGUGUGUGUGUGCCCUAAGAUCUACGUGUGUGUACGCUAGCGCACGUUUCUUUUUAAAAAGUGUGGGUGACAGGGGCCAAACUCGAACGGGUAACAAGACCACUCUAACCUGUUGAGUUCUUCUUUUCCUUACAUGCGUGUGUGUGUGUGUAUGCCCCUAUGUGUGCAAAGUUUAGAAAAGGUAAAAAAAAAAAAAAAAAAGGCCCAUAUGACAGUGCAAAGUAUCGGAUGAUAUUUUGAUUUCUUCACUUGUCUAGGCCCUUAGCGUGUCAUGUAAUAUCUGAGCCUGUGUGUGUGUGUUUUCGUUCAGAAAGGAUUACACGAAGGAGAGUCUAUAUAUGGUGCAUUUAUUUUAAGCGUUCCUUUUUUAUGUGUGUAGAUCUAGAACACAUGUCCGAAGUUUGAAGCUUCUCUGAAGGAAUUGGCGAACUCAGGAUAAGAAGAGUCUAGAUUUAAAUUAUAGAAUCUAAUCUAAAUCUAGAACUCUUAACUUGAUGUAGAUCUAUCAGCAGAUCUAGACUUUGGGAUAGCCUCAUCAUCUAGAUGGUAGCAUUGGAGUUUGGAUAAGAGGUUUAUUUGAUUCUUGUUAUUCGAAGCUGUGGAUAUUUUCCCCCCUGGACAUCGACGAUGCGAGGAAGUUGUGUCAUCGUCGUGUGCGUAAUAUUGGUGACGUUACCCGGUGAUCCGUGGAAGCGGGUCCAGGCGUCCGAGUUCGCUGCCGGACAGUGUGGAGAAAAGGUUGAACUUACGAGGGCAUGGCCCCACAGUGAAUGCCCACAGGUAGAUUAUGGAAGGGCUAGCGUGAACCAAAACGACCUAGAUCUAGAGCAGGUUGAUCGCAACCACGUUCUCUUUGAGGAGGAUAUACACAUUAACCCGAACAAGAGGAUUAUCUUGGAUAUAAGGCAUGAGUUUGAUAUAUUUAUUGAAUUUCAUGAGGCGAUUGAUAAAACAAACAAGUUAUCCCUCCUGCUGACGACCAGUGAAGCGGGAGAUAACCGUCUAAGCAGUCUGCCUGUUCUGCUUGAUUACACAGUUUCUUCCCUUGGCUCGGAGGAGCUCAUAAGCUUGAAACUGGGUUGGCAAGGAGAGGCACCAAGUCCACAAGUGGCGCGCUGUCAGACAGAAGAAAUCUGGACUUACGCCUGGCCUCCCACCGCUCUGCUCACGCUUCUAUUAAUAGGCGCGCUCUUUGGCCGCGGGCGUCGACGCAGGGGAGCACGAGAUAAGGAGAAUCGUCCAUCAUCGCCUGGUGGUAACAGCAGCCGCGGCAAGCUGGAUGCCAGCAGUCCAAGGCGGGAGGUUACAUCAGAAAGCCACAGAAAUUUUCUAGGGGCAGCACAAAUCUUGGAAUCUCAAGGUCAUUUGGCUGGCAAGACUGACGUGCAAGGCGGUGAGUUCAAGUAUGGAUUACCAAGUGGCACAGAAACACCGGAUAUGGUAACCACGGCGUUUACAUUGGUUGGUUCUGGAGCCACGAUGAGCCAGGCUACCUACUGCCAUGAAAACAGUACAGAGGUCAGCCAGAGCCCUGGAAAUCCAACCUCAGCUCAUGGCCAUGCAGUCCACCACGACCCGGCUCCUGCCAAAUUCAAAGUCAAGUUUUCUUCCAGAGCCUUCUCCAUCUUGUUUUUUGCUGCACUGCUGCUGCUCGUGCUAACUGUUGCUGUUUCCAAGUUGCACACGAAGCCAACUCUUCAUGUCACAUUUCCUGCCAGUAACACAUUAAGGAAAGUUCGAAUGUUCUCAGACUUUCCUGAACUCACCAAAUUAUCCAAAGAUCAUUCCAGUUUGUCUUUAGUCUCCAGACUUCAGUUGUUAGAUGCACACAGGUGUACAGAUGAUUUUAAAAGUUGUCAAAUCGCUGUUGUUUGUGAUACCUCCACAGACCAAUCCAUUAACUGCAGAUGUCGCGCAGGAUAUUUCUUCAAAGACUGGAAAUGCCAUGCAUGCACCAGCACUUGCCCAACAGAUCACUAUUUAGUUUCAUCUUGUAACAGCCAAUCAGAUGCCUUGUGUAAACGAUGUACAGCUUGUGGACCUACUCAGUAUGAGGCAGCACCUUGUACAACGCAGAGAGACACCAUUUGUGUAGAUGUAUCAUUUCCUGUUGGGAUUCUGCCAAUGAACAAGUCCUAUUUACCAGAUGAUGGUAUCCACAUUGCGGUGAGCCAUUCUGCCAACAUCUUUAUGGAGAGACUCAUUAACAUGGAAGCCCUGGAGACUCCCAUGUACAUCACCAACAAUCAGCAAAGCCUGGACUUUGUCUGGCCUCGACUGUCCGGGCUAGACAUUGAUGUCAGCAUAUCUGGGGUCUUCCUGGUUCCUGAUUACCACGAUGUGGAUGUUGCAGAGGAUGACACAGCUUUAUUUCAAAAACUUAACGAGCCAAGCCAGAAAAUGAAAGACAAUUAUCAUACAGUUCAACACAAUUACUGCAGACACCCAGUACCUGAUUACUAUUCCCUUCAGUUAGAGAUUAUAGCCAACAGGACAUCCUCUGCUCAACUUGUCCGCUGCAACUCUAAGGAUGAGUCAGUGCCAAGGUGUCCACAAAAUUAUAAAGAUGGCGACCGCUACUUGAAGUGGAACAUCAACACACCAUGUGUCCACAUGAAUGCUCAGAGACUUGACACAUUGAAAGAUGGUCCCAACAGCAUUGUUUGCACUGAGGAGACGGACAUUCUGAGAAAAGUCUUUCAAGCAGCCCUCCCCACCACGGAGGAGUACAUGUUUCCUUCUAGAGAUUGUGACCUGUCCAGACAGGAAUGUGAGAAAUGUUUAUCUCGACCUGUGUGUCCAGCCACAAGCAACAGAACUGAGGAUGCAUUCCUACAAGACAAUUUGUGCUGUGGACUCAAGUGCUACCUGCAGAACCACUGUAAGAAAUAUUACAGCUUCUCCUGUCCUCAACCUACAGUUGAAUGUGCUAAAGGUGAUGUGAAUAUUUUCUCACUCUUCCCGCACUUUGACUCCAUUGAGCGUCAGUUUGCUUGCCAUCUAAAGUAUCAGCCCCCAACCAAUCUCUACAGCCUUAGCUACACCAUUCGAGCUCCGUCCAUUAACUUCAACACCACACCUCAGCAUUUCACAGUCAGCGCCACAUCUAAAGAAGACCAUGGAAGAAGGCUUUCUAGCUUUGACUUCAUCAACGCUCUUCAUGACACCAGAUUCAAGGUCCAGGAUGAUCUGAUCUUAAUUGGAGAUCACCCUGAACUGAGAAACUACAUAGACAGUCUGAUGAAGCCUUUCAUUGUCAGAGAAAUUAAAAGUCCCAAGGAGCUGAUGAAGAAGAGAACCUUCACCAGCAGCUCUCUUCCCAAACAAGCAUUCAUCCAGUUUGAGAAGCCCUUCCUGUACAGUUCACUCUCCUGGCACAAGGACGGAUGCAACAAAAACAUGUCAAAGGUCAAUAGGUCAUUUGAUGAUUUGUUAAUGCAACAAAUAGUAAUUUGUUGGUUUAUCAAUCACUAUCCAGACAUACAACUAUGUCUUUUCAUCUGGUCUCAGGUUUACCCCAAUCAGACAAUUUACAAAGAAGAGGAUUAUGUACCAAUCAUGGCAAGGAAGACUUCAUUGGAAGGAACAAGCAGCCCUCGACAUGCUGGCUAUAGUUAUCAGAUGUACCAUAGGGACAAGGCUCCAUACAUCAAGUUUUAUGUGGAGAAGGGGAAGUCUGUGCUACAAUAUUUGCAAGGAUCCAUUGUGAAAGGAAAACUCAAUCCAAACAGUUUGUAUGGAAAAGUUUCUUGGCAUCAUGAAUCAGCAACAUGGAAGCUGACUUUCUCAGGUUUACAAGAAAACUGCCCCACAGUAAUAAGUCUGAAAAUUUUCACUCAAUUGAUGACCGGCUGUGCAGGUUACUUUGACAUUUUAAUCAACUGUCCGGAGGAGUUUUCUGUUGAGUUUACCUUCGUCACUAACAAGAGUGACCUUCCGGACAUAUUUGUGGUGCAGGUCAAUGAUUCCGUCACAACCCACAAUCUGGUUUUGUCCUCUAUGUAUACUCCUGUUCAUGUGGAUGAGGUCGUGCCAGAAAAUGCAGAAACCUCGCAAGAGGUGAAGUCUGCUGAUAAUUUCCUGCAGAACUAUACCUUUUGGCUGCCUCUGUUUUUCAUUGUUGUUAUUAGCCUGCUUCUAUUGCUGGCUGUCUGUAUAGCCUACAACUGCAUCAAUAAAAACGUGGCCACCUUCAAGAGCCCAAACACCUCUGGAACCGAAGGGGAAACACAAACCCUAAAUAACCACGGUGAGAAGUCGGCUAACUCUGUCCUAGCGUCCAAGGUCAAACCAGGGAAGGAUUGCAUCAUCAAGGUGUUUAUUUUUCUGUAUGUCAUCUAUUGCGCAGUGUUCUCCUUUACCUUGACCUUCUGUCUGGUCUACUACAUCCAGUCGUCCACUUGGUCCAACUUCUCCACACCUGGAUACCUCGGAAAACAGCUGCUUAACCAGGUGAAUAAAUCUUUGGCUGAGAUUCAGGCAUUUGAAGAUCAGGAAAGAUUAAAACUGUUUGAUACUUACCAGAAGAGAAGAAAAUCUUGCAUUCAUCACCUUGAAAACGAAAACAAAAGACUUCUGCAUGAUUAUGAGUCUGCCACAAAAAAGCAGCUUGAGGCCAUGUUUAUGGACAAUGGCACAGUGUAUUCACUUUCCAAUGCUAUCCUGCAACAGAACGUGUCGGCCUACUUGGGCCAGAUAAAUGAAUUCAUCACCAACUGCAACAAGACCAUUCAUGCCAUUGUGGACAGAUUCCAGGCCAACUAUUUCCUUUUCCUCCGUAACGUGGCCCUCAACGACUGGCUUCAGGUGCCUCGGCAGAUUUUUCUAUAUCAGGAUGGUGAAGACAUUAACAGAAAAUAUCUAUCGUCCACCCAGGUCAAGCAGUUUGCUACUUGGUUGGGUAUUGACAAAGCUGAUGAGCUGCUUGCUGUGGGAGAAAAUGUUUUUGGACGAUUAUCCAGUAUUCAGAAACCUCAAGUACCAGUUUUAAAUAUUGAAUUCCCUCCAAUUUCCCCACACCUGCUGACCAUUGAACCCAAAUUUGAUUACGAUUCUCAUUCCUACAUCUACACAGUUUUGGAUCCAUCCCCAGCAGAGGAGCAAUUAGAAAACAAUUCCACAAACUUGAGAAUGAAACGGGAGGCUGAUGAGUUCAACCUCAGCGGCAAUCUGAAGGUCAACCCAGACAACGAGGAUUUUUCUUCAAGCGAAUCUAAGUCAAACAAGGCUGUACUCUCAAGACGCAAGUCUCAUAAAAACUAUGAGGGAUAUUACAGCGAGCGUACACCAAAAUCUGUCGUCCCAGAGUAUGGAAGGAGAAAGUCAGAUGAACAUUCUCAUGGCAAACUUGAAACCACUGUUGUCGGCAUACAAUCUAAGGAUGAGUCAUUAAUAAAAAAUAGUGAAGCUCUAAAAGAGAGUGAUUCAGAUGAUUCUAAAAAUGAAUCAGAAAAUAGCAGCGAGGAGGACUCAACUAAUUUUUAUAUUCUGAUUGGAAUAUUUGUUACCCUUGACCUGGUUCUGCUUGCUUAUCGUGUCUCCUGGCUUAGUGACCAACUAUAUGCCACCCGAAAUGGAUAUGUUGAUAGAAUACCUACUGAUGACACCUGUAAGCAUGUCCUAGAAAUUCAAACUGCAUACCACCUGCCAGCUUUUGAGAACCCUCUGGAUGAAUCCUCGGGCUUCUAUGUAGACACUAAAGAGCAGCUGUACACAGAGAAAGAGCCAGAGAUGACCUUUCUCCAGGACUUUCCCAAGUCCAAAGAAAACGACAUUCUCCAGAAAAUCUGGAACAAGAAGAAGAAUAAAACCGAUGAGGUUGAGUUGAAAAUGCAACGCUGUUUGUUGGUACGGUGGUACCAUGAUGUGAAGAAGUUUUUUCAGAGAUCUUUUAUGUCUCCACUGGUUUGGCAGGGCUCUAUCACAUUUCUGGCUGUCAUAUUUCUUUGUAUAUUCAUUUACUGCAUGAACUUUUGGCUGACAGAAGAUCAUUUUCGAAGUUUAGUUGGUGGUCAGUUUGCGGCAGCUGAUGUCCACUGGCACCUGGAAACUAGCUCCCGUUAUCUCCAUGGACUGGCCGCUCACUUGACAGAUGAACUGAAACAGAUAAAAGAAAUGUGUGACCUGGAGAUUGCCACAUUGACUGACAUGUUUUUUGCGACAGUCAAUAUGCAGUCUUCCAUGUUUACAAAGACACUUGUUCAGUUGUGUCAGGAAGCAAAGAAAGAAGAUUGUGAAGAACUGAAUGUUGUUCAAUUUCCUGGUGGAAGAAUUGUGGGAUGUAACUUCCUCCCAAUACAAGCUCAGACAUUUCAUGAUCUGAGUUUAUCUGUGAUGGAAGCAUUCAUUGACCAAGAGGUCAGGCCGAUAGUCCAGCUCUCCCAAUGGACUCUCACCCUCGUCACGUCACUGAUAGCUGCUCUGCUGUGUGGCCGGCUGCUGUGCCACGCCACCGCAUCUACCAUACGACAUUUUAUGCUGCUGUCUGACCGCUUGCCCCGUGUCCGGGUUUACCAGGCAGAGGACAACCGCAACUCUGCUGCUGUGGCCAUGCACCACAGCCAGUCGUGGGUGGACAGCUGUGAGAGCGGUGUUUACCUCGGAGAAACGGAUGAGGCCAACAAAGAAGAGAACAGGUAGCAAGAGAAGACAACUGCAACCCUGGAAAAAGUUUUGGUUUUCCCACACUUUUAUGAAUCAAAUUUGUAAAUCUCCUUUUGUCUGUAGUCACGAUGUGAAGUUCAUUUUAAAGAUGUUAACGUCCUGCAUUUAUUACCGUUAUUAUUAAACAUCCUGACAUUUAUAGAUAAGUCAUAAUGUUGUUUUACAUGGAAAAGUAUUUUUCCACAAACUAUAAACUUAAUGUUUCCAUAUAAAUGCAUAUUGUUUCAUUUCUUUUUCACUUUCAGUUAAUGACUUGCUUAUGUCUUUCAUUAUGUGUUGUUGUUCACAAGGUCAACAUCGUUUUAUAAAACAUGAUCAAAGAAAUGUGUAAUCAAUCAUCCGACAUAAUUCUUAUAACCUUGUCAUCCUGUUCUUAUACCAAUCAUUUUGUUUUCAUAGUUAUCUUUAUGAACUCAUGCUACACAGUUGUGAAUCAGCGAGCCAUGUCAUGUUAUAGUUUUUAAGUUAGAUAUAACUAUAGUUACUAUGUAACAUUUUUACUUGUAUUAUUUUUAUAUAUACCGAUAUAUAUAUAUAUAUAUAUACAUCAAUCUACAUUAUUUUGAUUUUGUACUUCCAAUGAAAUAUUAAAUUGUAAGUCAUUUGAUGAUAAGGAUGUGCAUGUUUAAUUUCGAUGAUUGUUUGUAUAAGCUACGAGAGUUGUGCAGAUAUAUAUAUGCUGAAUGAAUCCUGAUUGAUUUCUAAGCUGCAAUAAAUUAAUUCUUCAGUCUGUCAGCCCUUAGCUCUCUGUUGUUUUUCCUCUUCCCUUUCCCAAGUUAAGCCAGGAUUAACCCAUUAAUUCCUUCUGCGGUUUAGAACGUUUCUACAUUAUAUGCCUAAAACCUUGUGGAACUUUCCUAUAUGAAUGUCUUGUUUAGACGAGAGAACUAGAGCGUGGUGACUCUUUUUUUAGUCUAAACUGGAUAUGUAUUGCAUUUUUUAAAUUUAAAAAAAAAAUCUUUAGAAUGAACAGUCUCGUAAACCCAGUGUUUAAGCCCCACCCAGGAAAAUGAGAAUUUUUUUAAGCUAUUUAUAUUCCAAAGGUAUUACAAGCAUAUAUUUUUAAAAACUAGGCAUAGCUAUCUAUUUUCUACUAUUGUUUAUUUAUUUAAUAAUAAAUUGUGCUUAAAUUUAUAAAUUUUUUUUUUUUAAAGAUUUUUUUUAUUUGCUUAGGCCUUAUCUAUUGGGUUAAAAAGACUUGACUUUAAGAUGAAUUUUUUUUUAAAAUGCACUUUUGGUCUUUGAAGCCAAUAUAUAGACAAACUGUUUUCAGUGUUGUAGCAAUCAAUAUACUAGGUAGUUCUUCAAAGCAGUUACCUUUAUAGUUUUCUAUUUAUAAGCCAUUAGUAAGAUUGUAAAGAUAAGGUAAGAUUGAUGACUUUUACUUAAGUGUUGGACCCUGAUCAUACUGCAACACAAAUAUUGCAGAGGAAGUUUUUUUUCCCCCAUCUGCUGAAAAAAGGGGAGAUAAUUCAGUCUGUUUGAUUUAAAAAAAACUAAAAAGCUAUGGUUUCCUUAGGUCUAUGAGGCAGUCAUUGUUGAAGUCCUCCAUUUUGUUGUUUUUUUUUUUUUCCUGAUGUCCUUUGCAUGACAUGUAUCAUGCCAAUUAUCUGCAGACAAAAUGUUGACCUUUGACCUGAUCCUUGCAGCACUUCCUGGGAGUGUCUCAGAAAUACUUUUGUUCUGAGCCUAGUAGAUAGUGAAGCUGAAGUAUGACAAUGUGUGUGUGUGUCUGUACUGGGUAAAAAUUGCUUUAGUGGACCACUGGCAAUUUUCUGAAUUGGAUAAAUUGUAGUCACACAGUCUUCAAAUGUUUCAAAAUUGAAACAAAUGUAAUAUAACAUUUUAAUAUUGUUUUCGAUAGUCACAUAAAUCAGCUAUCUUUAGGUCAAAAAAGUCUAUAUAGUCUAUAUAAUUGUUUCAUUAAACACUUAAAAAAAAAAUGGAUGAAAAAUAUGAAUUAAUUUUGCCACCUAUCAAGUAGUUGUUUGAAAGAAAUGGAACAAUUAAUUUUCCUAGCAAUUCAGAAUUAUGCUGUUAUUAUUUUGUUUUGUUUUAUAUGAUGUUUCAGUUAGAAAAUUGUUUUAAAUUAGCAUAAUUUUAAAAUAUACUUUAAUGAUAGUGAUAUAGUUACCUAAAACACAUUUGCAUCAACUUUGAGCCAUUUGAAUCUAAUCUUUAUUUUUUCAUUUUAUAAUUCAUUUUCAAAAUUGCCUAAUUUAACAAAUAAAAUAAAUCUAGUAAAAUGAAUGUAAAUAAUGUGUAAUAAUAGAGGAUCAUUUUUUUGUAUGAAUUAAAAUAUCUACGUUUAUUUCCUGAUUCAUUUUUUAAAUAUUUGUAUACAUAUUUUUUUUCUAAUCUUUGUUCUACAGUAGGAAAAGAUUGUCAGUUUUUUCUUUCAUUUGUUUCUGGUACAAUCUUGUUAUUUGAAUGGUAUAACCUUUAACCCCCUUGCAAACAAAUGUUUCAGUUUUGUUAUUAUGUUACAGAUGUUUGGAGCUGGGAAACACGCACACACAAACUGAUACACACACAUUACUUUUGCUCACACAAAAAAACAUAAACACACAUAUACAUACACGUGUAAUAUAAAAUGUACCAAUGUCUUGAAAUAAAAUUCCACCUUGUUGUCAAUUA